AUGUCAUCCAAAGCGAUUCAUCAAAAAACGUUUGGAAUCAAAAAUGAGACAUGGUUUGAGAAGUUCUAUUCAAUCGGAUUGCUCAUUAUAAUCAUUCCCACAAUUUCUCUCGUUGUCGAGCUCACGUCAGCGCUGAAUUUCGGUGUCCCACCGAUUGAAAAGAGUAGUGACUACUUGGUUUUCUUUCAUUUGUUGGGAUUUUUCGUUUUGCAAUUCGUGAUUGCUAUUCUGAUGUUAACUGGUAGUAUCGUUCCACCACAGAAGUACAAAAACUUAGUUUGGUCGAUUGGAUCACUCACAAUAUUCACUGCGUUUUAUCUUUACAACCCGUUAAUUGAUUCAAUUAAAAAAGAGGCGGAGCUUGCUCAGAUGGUAAUGAAAUACACCUUAAUGAUUCAAUCCAUCUCAUUCCCCAUCUUCUUGCUCAACUCAAUAUUUGCUUGUUGUAUUCUUCUGAAAGCAGCUAGAAUUCAACAUCUUUACGACAAUACAAUGGUUAAACAAGAAGAGGAAGAUGCUAACAAGAAAUUGAUGGAGACAUUUUAA